AUGGUGUCUUCUGCGGUCUGCGUCUCCUCGCUCCUCUGGGUGUUCGUCGUCGCUCAGGAGGAUCCGCAAUACAGUCUCGGCCUCCUCGCCUCCAGCCUUCAGGACGAAGGGACGACUCCAAGAUAUCCCGUCAAGAAGGAUGUUCCUCCCCCGAAGCUGGUCACCCCUCAGGAGUUCGACUAUUCGGGACAUCAAGUUGUACCGGGACAUCUCAAUCAAGCCCUCGAAGGUCUUUUGCACCAUCUUGAACCAGGCCUCGCCGACCACCAGGCAGAGCCAUCUACCUUCGUCAUUCCCGAAAAACAUGCUACUCCGGCCUCCCGGACUCCAAUAGCUAACAAAAGUAUAAAACUUAUAAUAUCGGAUUAUCCUCUGGACAUCAAGAGAUCUGAGGGCAGCACAGUACGAUACGAUGCCGCCACCACAGAGAGACCUAACGGCCUAGCCACUUUUCCUCCACCAUCUAAUGAAUACAGAGUCAAAGAUGGAGGAGGUUAUACACCGAUUAGUCAGUCCACCACCUUAAAACCGGCAGAAGAGGCCUCUGAAGGUCGCCGGUCAGCAACAGCCAAGUUGGUCGUGAACGUGAAGCCGAAAGACGCGAGUCCUCCAGUUCUAACGGCGUCCUACAGGGAAGGCUUUGUCCAGGAGAAUUCUCCAGUCGGUACCAAAGUCUUGGACAAGGAAGGCAAACCGAUAAAACUGAGUGUCUCUGAUGCUGAUAUUGGCCCUGAUGACCCGAAACCUUCCUAUACGUUCGAACUGACGAACCACUUGUUCGACGUGGACAACGAAGGAUACCUGGUCGUCGCCAGCGAUAAGAACCUCGACCGAGACCCUCCCAGUCCUGGCAGGUUUAACUUCCAGGUUGCUGCAAGAGAGAAGGUAGGCAAUGCAGCUAGCGCACCUAUCAUCCUUACCGUCAUACUGACUGAUGUCAACGACAAUGCUCCUCGACUUCCGAUGAUGCCGCCUGUCUCAGUACAAGCUGGUGAAGGACACAGGAAAAUCAUACAGGUUAAUGCUACUGAUAAUGACCUCGGAGAAAAUGCUAAGGUAUCUUAUUCCAUUUAUCAUGUCUCUAAUAAUGGAAUGAACAAGUUUACAAUAGACCCUCAGACCGGAGAAAUAGACAGUGUUGGGAGGUUAACUGCAGGUGAACAAUACAGUAUCACUGUCCAGGCUACAGACACUGGUGGUAAAUCAGGACAAACUGUUGUGGAAGUGAAAGUGAUUCCUGGACCAAAUACUAAAACUCCCAAGUUCAAGCAAGACGUUUAUGAAGUUACCAUUAGUGAAGGAGCACCUAUAAAUUCAACAGUAGCUACUAUUACGGCAGAGGAUCCAGAAAAUGAGAACGUUUCCUACUCCAUAAUUUCCGGGAAUGACCUUCGCCAAUUCACAAUUAAUGACAAGACUGGUGUAAUAAGUGUGAUAAGAAAAUUAGAUAGAGAGGAUUUAACUCGAUAUGAAUUGACAAUUAAAGCUGAGGAUGAAGGAGGGCUUUCAACAACUGCAACUGUCAACAUCCUCGUGUCUGAUAUAAACGACAAGAAUCCCGAGUUUGUUGGUGAGCCGUACAACUGGACAGUAAAGGAGGGACUUAUAGGUGCCCAUGUAGGUGUCGUCCAAGCUACAGACGCAGAUGAAGGAAUAAAUGCCAACAUCACUUACUCAGUCCCUGAUGAAGUCCCAUUCACAAUUAAUCCUCAGACUGGUACUAUCAUGACUUCCACUUCACUGGAUUAUGAAAAACAAAAGGAAUACAAAUUUGUUGUAACAGCGAUGGAUGGUGGCAUAGAACCAAGGAUAGCUACAGCUACUGUUACCGUAGGUAUUAUUGAUACAGAAGACGAAGUACCAAUUUUCCGAAGAACAUUAUUUGAAGCAACAGUCCCAGAGAAUACUGCGGAUUACGUUGUUACUACUGUUAAAGCCGAUGAUCCUGACACAAAAAAACAAAUUACCUAUGUGAUAAAGCAAGGUCCAUUAGACGUGUUCGCAAUUGAUCCUAAUAAUGGUACCAUCAAGACACUUCGAGGUCUGGAUUUCGAAUCUGAGCCAGAAUAUGAACUGGUUAUUGGGACACUCGAAAAUAACACCACCCAUAAAGGGGCAACCGCGACUGUCCAUAUUAAAGUUAAGGAUGUCAACGAUGUUCCUCCAGUGUUCUCAACACCACCACCACCAAUCACACUAAAUGACAAUGUGUCUAUUGGAACAGAAGUGACUAGAAUGAUUGCUACAGAUUCUGAUGGCACUGCUCCUGGGAACAAGAUCCGUUAUGAAAUAACCGGCAAAGGCAAAGCAACUAAAUAUUUCCAAAUAAAUCCAGAUGACGGAACGAUAACUGUGAAAGGUGAUCUAAGAAACGAAUCGGACAAUGAAUAUCAGAUUGAUGUGAAGGCAUCUGAUUUGGGAGAACCUCAGCAAAGUUCUGACGCUUCCGUCACUGUUUUUGUAAGUCAUGUUGCUGCAACAGUACCUCCAAUUCAUCUUGGCUUUGCUGAAAAUAGUUACACUUUACAGGUUCCUGAAGACACUAAAUCGGGAUCUCUUCUCAAGUCUUUUUUGGUCAUAGCAGCAACAUCUGUACCAGACAUUCCUCUUCGCUGUUCUAUUGUUGAGGGGAACAAAGAUGGUCAGUUUCAAGUCAACAUCACAAAAGAAAAAACUUGUGAUUUAUAUCUUGGUGAUGAGAAGCAGCUCGACUACGAAAAACAGACCGAAUAUUCCUUAAAAUUAAGAUUGGAUUCUUUACCUGACUACAUAAACCAGAAUAAAAGCAUUGCAAUGGUUAAAAUUCAAGUUCUCGAUGUAAAUGAUAACAUCCCUAAGUUUAUUUAUCCCUCUAUCUCAUCUCUUAUUAAUAAGGAAAAGUACUAUGGUGCCGUAGCAAAAGAUAAGAAAGAUGUUAGAACAGUUCUACAAAUCAAGGCUGAAGAUAAAGAUAGCAGUGUCUUGACCUCUCUAGAAUACAGCUUAGUGCCUUCCGAAUAUUCCGAUUACUUCAGCAUUGACCCACUGACUGGUAAUAUCAAGACUAAGAAAUCACUUGAUAAAAUCGAAGCAGAUCGUCUACCCCUAAGGCUGACCAUUCUGGCCAGUGAUGAUAGAGAUAAUGGGCAUACUGCCUCAGCUUCUGUAGUCAUAAAUAUCAUAGAUGAAGGUGACAGGAUGGUCCUACCUAUUCAGAAGAUUCCUCCUGAAUUAGUGGCAGAGAAGGAAUCAGUCCUCUCUGAUGUUCUGUCGAAGGCCACUGGUAAAAUGGUUGGCAUCGAUAGAGUAGGGCCAUUGGAGAUGUCUUUAGACAAUAUAACUCUUUCAACAGAUUCAGCCUCGACAGAUCUCUGGAUUUACUUUAUUGAUCCUGUUUCUGAGAGGAUAAUUCCAGUUAAUGACUCAUGGGUAACAAAGAUCGUAAAGGAUGAUCACAUCAAAUUGAAUAUAUCUACUGAAGUGAAUUCAGCACUGGGAGGUGGCACAGUGCUGCCGCUACACCCUCCGGUGAAGGUGAGGGUGAUCAGAACGGCAGUUGUCGCUCUCGACUGGGAGGUCUUUCCGUACGCUGUGAUUCUCAUAGCUGGGCUGAUACUAGUGUUAGGAACUGCCGGAAUCAUCUAUAUUUGCAUCUCUUGGCAAAGGUAUAAAGCUUAUAAAGAACGGGUUCAACGGAUGUAUGUAAUGCCAAGAUAUGAUCCUGUAUUUGUCGAACCUAAUCUCAAAGAAUAUGAAACUCAGGUUCUCCAGAUGAGUGUUCCUCUGGAUGAUAAUGACAGUUACCACGACUUACAGCUUGAUUUUUCACAUAAAAAUCAUGCUUUUUCUUUGGAAAAUGUCAGUUACAUUACCAAAGAUCCUGGUGAUAAUGGAAGACACAGUCCUACAAGUUCCGAGGCAGCAACAACUACUCGGGCCUCCACACUUGGGCGCCAUCGCAAUAACCUGCACGAUGGUACCGUCAACCUAUCUUAUGAAAGAUCUGACGAUGAAAUAGGCCACAACUCGAGCCCAACAAAUGACAACAUUACAUUCCGAGAGAAAAAGGACUAUUCCCACCUGGGCUUCAACUACCUAAUGGACCGAUCUCCAAUAGAAACAACAACUGAGCUCUAG